AUGGCCUCUUCAGCAACCCCUAAUGAAAUUAUAGACUUGACUGACCCUCCCAACUCGCCCUCCCCGCCGUCGCCGCCCCCGUCGGCCUCGUUGCCGCCGCCUGGCGAGAUCAGCGCCCCCAAAGCGGAGACAGAAGCAGAAGCGGCCAUGGAUGUGGUCGCGGGCGCCAACCUGGACGCGCUGGCGGAGUACCGCAGACAAGCCGUCAGGCAGCUGCCCUCCCCGAUCUCGCCCAAUCUCUUCCAUCGGAGUGGCGGCGUGGCCUCGGGCUCGACUCAUUCGCGCACGACGCCGAGCGUGCACAACCACAACGUUGGGAACGCGAGCGCCGUGGACGAGUCGGCCCAGCGCCCCUCUUCCACGCACGGUCAGAGUCCGCUCGCAUUCCAGCAGGGAAACGCGAGUGCGAACAUGCAUUUGCGCCCGACGUCCGCACAGUUGCGCGAGCUGGCGGGGCGGCUGGAGGUGACGGCGCACGGCCUCGCGUCGUCCUCACAGUCGCCGGCGAACACGCCGAAUGCUGGGGGCCACUUGCGCCCCGAUGUCCUCAAACACCAGAUGGAAAAGAUGGCGAUGGCGGGGAGGCAGCUUGCCCCGUCAACGUCUGCGCCUUCUUCUCAGCGGCCCGAGCCGGGGCCUGUCCUUAGCCCAAACGUGCUGCCGCUUACGAACGCGUCGCGUACUAGGACCCAGACGCAUCCACAGCACCAGCAGCACACCGCAAUCCAAGGCGUACCCUAUUCGAGCCAGCAGAGUGCGUUCUGGCCUAUGCAAGUUGGGUAUCCACCCGUGUCACCUCCAUAUCCUCCUCCCCAUCAUGUGCCCGCCGCCCCUUCUGCGAGCUUGCCCCAUCAUCAAACUCAAUACAUCGGCCAGCAGCAGGCCCAACACGCCGGUCAGCUUGUUCGGUAUCCCGAUGCCAGACAACAGCCGGUCCGACCGACGGCACCACAGCAUUCCUCCGCGUGCGCACCCACCUAUGCCCCACAUCAGCAGCAAGCAUUUAGUCAAACUCAUGCACAUCCACGACAACAACAUCCACAACAACAACAACAACAACAACAGAGUCAAGCUCCCCAGCAUAGUCUUCUUCCAGCAUCGUACCCGAACCGGCACGCAUCCUCGGUUCCUCCAACUACAGCCUCCAGCACCAAUGGCCCUGCCCCGUCCAGCUCCCCCUAUCAAGCUUUCGUCGCCUCCUCCAGCGCAUCCACCCUCGCUACGGUGCCCAGCUCUUCAUCCCAACAAUCCCUCGCCUCGCAGCACACACGCAGCUCGUCCUCACACCAAACCGCCACCCUCGGCACCCCCGCCCAGCCCACUCCCGCGCAGGCCCACGUGCAGUCCAUCACCACCCCCCUGCGCGACGCGAUGGUCGCCCACUUCGACACCACCCUCAACGCCGUCCGCUCCGCGCUCGCGGCCGCCUUCACGGACCAGUGGGCGAGGGCGCUCGAGAUCCUGCACGCCGAGGUCGCGCGCGGGCGCGCGCAGUUCGACGCCGCCGCGGCGCAGCGGGACCACGCGCUCGCGCGGUGCCGGCAGACGGCGGCCAGGGCGCGCGCGCUCGAGGGCGAGCGGGAGGUGGCGAAGGCGGCGGCGGCGCAGCUGCGCGAGGACCUCGCGGCGGCCCGGCGCGAGGGCGCGCGCGCGCGGGAGGCGGAGGAGCGCGCGGUGAAGGCCCUCGGGGAGGCGACGGACCAUAAUCGGAUAUUGGUGAGCGGGACGAGGACGAUCUUGGAGGAGAACGCGCGGUUGAAGGCGGCGCUCGGCGCGCGCGCGCAGGGUCAGGCGGGGGCGGAGCCGCCGCAGGGCGAGCCGCCGAAGCCGGCGGCGUACCCGACGGAGCUGCUGGAGACGUUCAAGAAGACGGUGACGGCCGAGAUGGAGCUCAAGGUCGCAAGCGUUCUGAAAGAGGCGCAGAAGGAUCGGGCCGCGCGACUGGCUGCGGAAUCCAAGGCGGCCAACCUCGCUUCGCUGUUGAAUGCCCUUCGCGCAACGACGGAGCAGCACAUGGCCGAUGGACCCUCCUCGACGUCGGCCGCUGAGGGCGCAGGUGCGGCCGAGACCUCUGCCGACCCGCCUGCCUCCACAAAUAUCGUUACGGACACCGCAGUUGGAUCCUCGUCAAAGACGCCUGUACCAGAUCCCUCGCAAGCGAAAGAGGCGGGCGCACUUCGGUCGCCGUCCACAACCUCACCCGUCCACGACACCGGAGGGCCCGCCCCGAGUAUCUCGCUCGACCUCCCCGAUAUCAUCGACCUCACCAGUUCCCCGCCGGAAUUCAACUGGUUCGCCCUGGGAAAAGCGCUCGAGGCGCAGGACGGGCCGACGGCGGUGCGGCCGAAGAUCGAGCCCGAAGACGACGCGGCGGUGCUAGACCUGAUCGGGCACCGCCCGUCGCGGUCUCCGUCGGGUUCGCCGCCGCCGAGAAAGCGAAAGCGGACGGAGGACGGGGAGGAGGCGUCUGGGUCGUCGAGGACGUUGACGCCGAGCGUGGCAGCUCCCGCGUGGACGGCGAUAGCCGAGGAGGAGGAGGAGGAGGAAGAGAAACCGGGGCGGGCGUCGCCGGUCGGGGAGGACGAGUUGAUGUCGGACGCGUCGUCUGCGUACGUGUCCGAGGGGCAGGUGGUGGAGACCGGAAUCAUGUCUAGCCCGGUACUGCGCGGUCGCCCGGCGGACGCGCUGAUGUGGGAUCUCAGCGUCAAGAACGAGGAAGAUCUGGAGAUGGACCAGUUAGGGGAAGACGACUCGGCCGAUCCGCCUACGCAGAGUUCGCCACCUUUGCCGCAAGCUCGUUUGGCUAGUUCCCACCCUCAGCCUCAACCUCAAGCGACCUCUCAGCCGCCUAGCCCUCAGCCUGAUCAUCAAGCUCGGUCCAAACUCACUACUCCUCAGCCAACUUCUCCAGCACAAUCCCAGUCUGCUGGCCCUCAGCCUGAUCCUCCAGUCCAAUCACAGCUCCCUGUUGCUGGACCUAUCCCUGAUCUUUUCCCUCAGUUGCAAUCCCGGGGCUCUGGGCCACAGUCUGAGCGUCCAGCCCACACCCAGCAGGACGGGACGCACACGGAGCCCAAGCAGGAGGCGAACGAGCUGUCCAUCAUUCCGCGAGGCAUCAAGCUGAGCAUCGCGCACAUUCCCAUCCUGUAUCACACUCAGAACAAGACCAUGUUCUGUCGCAUGUGCAUGAAUUUGCACGAGCAGGUUCCGGAUGUGGUGGUGGCCAAGUUUCCGCAAAACGCGUCCUGGUCCGCGCUCAUGGAGCACUGCGAGAAGGAGCACUGGGAAGUGUGCACGAAGCUGGCUGAAAUACCUAAACAUGAGCUCGCGAAAAUGACGCUCGACCUCAACGCUCGAAGCGGCACUUAA